AUGGCCGGCGACAAGACAUACAUCGACAUCUCUCGGGCCAAGUGUGAGCAGAGAGAUCGACUCAUCAGAAAUGAGUGGAAGAUCUCGAAAAAGCUAGCACUUGGAAACAACGUCCUCGAGGUGCCAAAGACCUGUGGCAUUCUCACGGAUCGAGAGAUCACAAUCACUGAGGACAAUGACGCUGUUGAUAUCGUCGACAAGAUACGCCAGCAAGAGUACACAGCAGAGGAAGUUACUGUAGCCUUCUGCAAGCGUGCUGCUGUGGCACAACAAUUGACCAACUGCCUUACAGAGAUCUUCUUCGAAGAAGCGAUUGAGAGAGCUCGCCAGCUCGACCAAGAGCGUGCUGCUGACCCGUCGGCACCAUGGAAGCCUCUACAUGGGCUCCCCAUCUCCCUCAAAGACUCUUUCAAGAUUCCAGGCUUCGACUCGACAAUUGGCAUGACAUACUUCGCAAACAAGCCAGCCACAGAGUAUUCCGCUCUACCCAAGCUACUGCUGGAUCUUGGUGCUGUGCUGUACUGCAAGACCAAUGUCCCGCAGACUAUGAUGACAGCAGACUCCGACAACAACGUCUUUGGUCGAACACUCAACCCUUCUAAUCUGAAGUUGACUGCAGGCGGCUCUUCGGGAGGUGAGGGUGCCCUUGUCGCAAUGCGGGGCAGUGUACUAGGAAUCGGCACGGAUAUUGCAGGCAGUAUUCGUAUACCAAGCAUCUGCAAUGGUAUCUAUGGUGCGCGUCCGAGCUCCGGCAUCGUGCCUUUCGAUGGUCAGCAGUCACCAGAAGAUCCGGGUAUGGUUGGCAUUGAGGUUGUGGCAGGUCCCAUGGCAACAUCGUCGAGGGCAUGCUCUUUCUUCAUGAAGACAAUCAUGAGCGCUCAAGCAUGGCGUUAUGACUCUUCGUGUUUGCACCUUCGCUGGCAGGGUCAACAACCCAGUCGCAAGCCACGCAUUGGCCUUGUCCUUGACGAUGGUGUUUACACACCUUUCCCACCCGUACGCCGAGCCAUCAGAGAGGCAGCACAGAAGCUGCGAGACGCAGGUGUUGACAUUGUAGAGCUGAGACUGCCUCAUGUUGCUGAUGCUGUUGGUAUCACAUACGGAAUGUUCGCGCUGGACGGCUGCCAGUUUGUCCAGGAUCUUAUGAAGGAAGGAAAAGAGCCUCAAGUCGAGUCCGUGAAGAGAGUCAACCUUGCCGCCAUUCCCAAGAGCAGUAUGCAAGGCUACAUGGACUUGACCGCAGGAAGACGUAAACUACAGGCUGUCUACCACAACUUCUGGCUCGACAAUCAGCUAGAUGCUAUCAUGCUACCUGGAGCACCCCAGACAGCAACGCGAUUCGAUGAGUGGGGUCCGAUCAACUACACCAUGCUCUGGAACUUCCUCGAUUAUCCUGCGACUAUCAUUCCCACAGGUCGGGUUCGCGAAUCCGAUGUCGCGGAUGGCGAAGAUUCGGCUCUGUAUGGGGAGCAAGAUCUGAGGAACUACAAGCUUUAUGAUUCCCCUGAGACAUACAAAGACGCACCGCUGUCUGUACAGAUUGUAGGAAUGAGGCAAGAGGAUGAAGCAUUGGCAGGGGUCGUUGGUCUUGUGGACAGCAUUCUGAACCAGUCGUGA